CAAACAACCAAUGAAUGCAUUGUUUUCAAACCUCAAUGGUUUGCCAUAUUUCGUCACUUCACCACCACUUCCACACCACUUGACCACCAAUUCAGUGAUAUUCCACUCAAGACAUGAGUCGCAGACGACCUUUGGAUGAAGAGAGUGAUGACAGACCGCGAAAACGCCGCAGAAAUGAGUUUGAAUCGGAAGAAGGGCUCGAAUCACGUCUCGAGUCACUUAUCAUCCGAAUCGGCGAAAAGAGCACGUCAUCCAUUGAGACCAACAUUGAAGGAUUGGCUAAAGUGUUGACCGCAGACUUAGACAACUCGAAGACCAAAAUCAUUCAAAUUAUCUGCGAAUGUGUGGCCAAAUAUCCGGAGAAGACAUGCAUUUAUUCAACUCUUAUCGGACUCUUGAACGCAAAGAACUAUAGCAUCGGAGGAGAAAUUGUGGAACUGCUGGUCAAACAUUUCAAAGACUACUUGAAAGCCUUGGACUUCGAGUCGGCGCGCCUUUUGGUCCGCUUUUUUGGCGAUUUAGUGAACUGUCGGGUUAUAUCUUCGGCUUCACUCAUGAAUUUGUUUGAGAACUUAGUGGACGUGUCGAUGGAGGACAACAUCCCUCAGUCGCGAUCCGAUUACUUUGUGUUGAGUGUGUUGUCAGCGCUUCCGUGGGUCGGCAAAGAGCUGUACGAGAAGAAGGAGCAGGACUUGGAACAGUUGCUCAACACAAUCGACAACUAUCUCAAUAAGCGCCAUAAGACACACCAUCACACGGCUCUUAGGGUAUGGUAUUCAGACACACCUCACCCUCAGGAAGAAUAUUUGGACUGCUUUUGGGCGCAGAUAUCGAAAUUACGUUCAGACAAAUGGGUUGAACGGCAUAUAUAUCGGCCUUAUUUGGCAUUUGACAGCGUUUUAUGCGAAGCACUGCAACAUAGUUUGCCUCAAAUACAGCCGCCGCCGCAUGAAUCUAAUUAUGUGUACCCCUAUCCCAAAGUGGUAUUCCGAUUAUUUGAUUACACCGACUGUCCUGAAGGGCCUGUCCUUCCCGGCGCUCAUUCUAUUGAGAGGUAUUUAAUAGAAGAGCACUUGCAUUGGAUUAUCGACAAGAACUACACCGACCGGAAGAACUGUGCUAUGAAUUUGCUUAUGUUUCCCAACAAACAUAAGAUUCCGUUGGAAUAUAUGAUAAUUGAAGUGAUUUUCUCACAAAUGUUUGAUUUACCAAAGAGUAAAUAUUUGGACAUAUGUUACGGCUCUACACUCUUGGAAUUGUGUAAAUUACAGCCCAGUUCUCUGCCACAAGUGUUAGCACAAGCCGUCGAAUUGCUGUUUGAAAGACUCGACACAAUGAACUGCAUGUGUGUCGACCGGUUUGCCAUUUGGUUUGCCUACCAUUUGAGUAAUUUCCAGUUCCGUUGGAGUUGGGAUGACUGGAGUUCGGCCCUUACAUUAGACCCGUUGCACCCGAAGCCUAAGUUUAUUCGCGAAACUCUGUUGCGAUGCUUGCGAUUGUCUUUUCACGAACAGGUCGUCAAAAUAAUUCCCGACUCUUUCCUUGAGUUGGCGCCCGAAGAGCCCAACCCUUCCAAUAAGUUUAGUGCAGAAGACCCAGACUCUGCCGCUUCUGCUGUCGCCACGACUUUAGUCAACAAAAUCAGAGAGAAAUGCACUCCAGAAGAGGCACUUGAAGUCCUUAAAGAGUUGACAAACCCUUUGAUGGAAACAGAAGAUGAGCCAAACCAUAAUCCGAUUCAAAUUGAAGUGUUUGUUACAGUUUUGCUAAACAUGGCCUCAAAAUCAUUAACGCAUUGCUUUUCAGCUAUUGCUAAAUAUCAUUCGGCAUUCAUUGCGCUUAAAACCUCAGACGAGGCGCAGAUUUGUAUUUUGAGUGCAAUUUUUGAAGUUUGGAGAAAACAUCAACAGUUGUUGGUUGUUCUCAUCAGUAAGUUAUUGAAGUCCGAAGUUCUCGACUGCUCUUCUGUAGCCAAUUGGCUCUUCUCUAAAGACAAUUCGUCGGAAUUCAUGAAAUCCUAUAUUUGGGAAAUUCUUCACCAAACCAUUCAAACGUCGAUACGAAGUGUCGAAUCACUGGAAAAAGAAUUGGAAGAAUCGAAAGAGAAAUUACGAAAAAUGGAAACGGGAGAUACGACUCAAGAGAGCGAAGGGCCCACCGAAGAGAUGGUGGACCGCAUUGAGGAGCGCUUAGAGGCGGCGCAAUCCGAUCAGAAGAAUCUGUUUCUCAUUAUAUUCCAGCGCUUUAUUAUGUUAUUGUCUGAACACAUCCAGAGAUGUGAAUCACAGGGAAAGCCCUUUAAAAGCCAUUGGUUUCGUUGGACUAUCGGACGACUACAACAAGUAUUCUUUGAG